AUGCCGACCCCCGCCGGCAGUUAUCCUUCGGGCGAUGUUCGCCAAAACCCCUGGGACGAAAACCGCGAUCUCGAGGAUGAUGGACAGGUCGAUGAUGGUGGCGCUGUGUUUGAUGACGACGACCAAGCUGAGGAGCUUCCCCCGGACAACGCCCAACGCGCUAAGGGAAAACGUUCUCGCUCCAAGAAAAUAGGUGCGCCUGUCGAUCCUAUCCCCGAUUCCUCGCCCAAUGCCAUGCCUUCGAUUCCUUCAUACACGAGCCAACACUCUUAUUCUUCUUCGGUUAAAGCCCAACCUUCCUCUUCUACAAUUAAGAAACCUUUUUCCUUUUCUCGUUCUAAAACUGCCGAUAAAGGCCCUUCUACGUAUGAUCUCGAUUACGACAAGACCUCCCGUUGGUCUUCGGCUUCCCAGGCCCCUGUCCAACAGGAAACUUCAGCUUCUCAGAACAAUCCCAAUUUUCCUUCUGGCCAGUUUCAAUGGAAUUUCUCUCAGAAUGGUCAACAAUCCGGCCAACCUAACUUCAUCCCCUGGCCUGUUCCUUAUUUUAAUCCCUUUCAACAACAACCUUAUUUUAAUUCUUUGUCUCCUCCAACCACGGGUACUUCGGACCCUAAGGUUUGGGCUGACCUCUUGGCACAUGUUCGCGCUGUCACUGGUUCUGUCCCUACCGAGCUGGAAGAUGCCGCGAGGUCCGCUCUCGGGAAUGGUCUAAAUGGGGGUGAGUCCUCGGAUGACGAUUUGCCUCCGCCACGCAAUCCCGCGUCCGGUCGCGAUCGGGGUUACACUCGUGCUCCUCCUCCCCCACCACCCCCUCGCACCUCACGCCCUCCUGCCUCUGACUCUUUUAACCCUUUACCUUUCGACCAUUUGUAUUUCCUUCGUCUUCUGGCCAAGGAAUCUUCCGACGGCCGUAAUAAUUCUUCUUCUUUUAACCCUUUCCGCACGGCGCUUAUUAUGCACCGCAAGGGUACUUCGGUAUCCGUUUCUCAUUUACCUAUUCUCGAAAAGCAUGCGCAUUGGAACGAGUGGAUUGGUGGCAUCAGGCACAUCUUACGUGGCAAGAACGUCUUGGGCUGGAUCACCUUACCCGAGGAGAACUCGAACAAACUCUCACCCAUCAGCCGCCCUCUUCAGCCACCUGUCAUCACAGCCAUGUCUUCGGAACUCGACCAUCACGCUGCUCACAUCUGGCGAGAACUUGACCUUUUCGUUCAACAUCACCUCCUCGCGUCCAUCUCUCCUGCCGCGCGCCGCCGCAUCGACUAUUAUGUCCAACGUGAAGGUGAAGAGUCCCUAACCGCUCGUGUGGCCUACCAGAUCCUUCGAGAUGAAUAUGGCGCUCUCUCCUACGAACAAGGCGAAGCUGCUUGGGCUCGUCUCCGUUCUCUAGAGUGCACCAACGUCCCUGGUUACCUCGCCCGCUUCGAAGACCUCGCCACGGAAAUCAAGGACUCCCACUUCCCUGAUGCCUCUCCCCGUGCCAUCAUCAACACUCUCCAUUAUCGCCUUCCUUCCCGCAUCGGCGAAAGCCUCCGCUCGAUCUGGCGCAUCUGGCUGGCAUCCAAUGGGGGUGAUCGGGCUAUAGUCCCCUGGCAAAUGGUCAUUGACGAGCUACGUAGCGCUGAACGUCUCCACAAGGAACUCAUCGCUAACUCCUUCAUCUUCCGAAACACCAAUCCUCGCCCUCCCAACUCCAUCUCUUCAUCCACUGCCCUUGCCACCUCAUCAUCCGCACCGACUAAGCCUGCUUCCUCUACGGCACAGACCAACAAGCAAGCUGCGGUUAUAUGCCACAAUUGCGGAGCCGUUGGCCACACUAAAGCCACCUGUCGUAAACCAAACAAAUCGGCUUAUCUGGCGGAUGAAGGAAACCUUGGUGCGGACGAGUUGGAUGUUAUAGAGGAGAUAACCGACGAACCAGGCCCGGACGAUGGGGGUGAUGUUUCCGAGGUAGACGCUGUACUAUUGGCCCAAAAGUUAGGAACUCUGUCCGUCGCUACCAACCUCAAUGAUACUCUCGAUAUUGGCUGCUACCUUUCGGACAGUGAGCUCAGUAUUGCCCCACUCCCUUCCCCACCUACGAAGGAGAUUUCGUCCUACACCUCGUUCGUUAUCUGGGACUCCGGCUGUACGCAACAUAUCAUCAAGGAUCGUCACGUCUUCCAUACCUUCCGUGACAUCAGUGUCGAAAUCGGCACUGCGGGUGCCUCACCUCUCAUCGCCAACGGGGUCGGUUCCGUCAAAUUCACUAUUCGUCUGACCAACGGUCAACGAUGUGCGGUAACUCUUCGCAACUGCCUUUAUGCACCCAAAAGUCCAGUCAACCUGUUUUCAAUCGGACGUCUGACUGACUUUACGAACCUGCGUGUCCUCUUCGACCGCUCUCGCACAUUAUGCUGGGAAUCGAAGCCGGGCGUCAAACCCUCAAAAUUCUUCGUCGUACCUCGUCGAGGGUUCCUGACCGUGAUGAACUGUCCUUUCAUCAUUCCAUCCCCAAGUUUUCGUCCCAGGGGUUUUGGCGAACAUCGCCCGAAGGAUAACUGCCGGCGGGGGUCGGCAUGUCGUAUAGAGUGGGGAAUGCAACAAUGGCUCAAGGCGGGUCCUUUAAAACGCAAUCGCGAGCCACGCUCAAGCGGAUAA